GGUGGCGUCGAUCGCCCGCCGUCUCCCUUCCACACGCCUAUUUCUUCAAUUUCUCCUUCCUUCUCCCAAUCCCCUGCUCGAUCUCCAUCUCCAUGGCUUCCUCCGCCGCUGCCGUUGCCUCCUCCUCCUCCUCCCUCCUCUUCUCGCCUCUCUCCUCUCUCCGAAGUCCUUCCCUCUCCAAUCACUCUCCCUCGUCGCAUCUGCGCCUGGGCUUCCGCCGGAUUCGCCUCCUCCCCAAUUUAAGAACCCUAAUCCCAGGUCGGAACGUCCGAUUCCAUCCCGUCCGUGCCGUGCAGACCGAUCCCAUGCCCACUCGCACCUCCAAAGACGGCGGCGACAACGAGGAUGACGAUGCCAUCCAGCGCUUCCUCAAUCGGGACUACUCCCAGUGGGGCUUCGUCACCGACAUCGAAUCCGUAUCCAUCCCCAAGGGGCUCGACGAGAACACCGUCCGCCUCAUCUCCGCCAAGAAGGGCGAGCCCGAUUGGAUGCUCCAGUUCCGCCUCCGCGCCUUCCGCCGCUUCCAGUCCAUGCGCGAACCGCAGUGGUCCGACAACCUGUAUCCCCCCAUCGACUUCCAGUCGAUCUGCUACUAUUCUGAGCCUAAGAAGAAGCCCAAGCUUGGUAGCAUUGAUGAGGUCGAUCCCAAACUCCUCGAGACCUUCGACCGCCUCGGUAUCCCGCUCAACGAGCAGAAACGCCUUGCCAACGUCGCUGUUGAUGCAGUAAUUGACUCCGUUUCUAUUGCGACCACUCACCGAGAGAAACUAGCUGAGAAAGGCGUUAUCUUUUGCUCCAUCUCCGAGGCCAUCCGGGAAUAUCCGGAUCUUGUUCGGCGGUACCUGGGAGAAGUCGUCCCUCCUGGUGAUAACUACUAUGCUGCUCUCAACUCUGCUGUCUUCAGCGAUGGUUCAUUCUGCUAUAUUCCAAAGGAUACCGUGUGCCCCAUGGAAAUCUCGACCUACUUCCGUAUCAACGACCAGGAGACGGGACAGUUUGAGAGGACACUGAUCGUUGCUGAUGAACGGAGCACUGUGUCCUACCUGGAAGGCUGUACAGCUCCUAUGUAUGAUAAGAAUCAACUCCAUGCUGCAGUGGUGGAACUCUACUGCCAUGAGGGUGCUGAUAUUAAGUAUUCGACAGUGCAGAACUGGUAUGCUGGGGAUGAGAAAGGCAAAGGUGGAAUCUACAAUUUUGUCACAAAGAGAGGGCUUUGUCAAGGUAAAGGGUCAAAGAUUUCGUGGACACAGGUGGAAACUGGUUCUGCAAUAACAUGGAAGUACCCAAGUGUUAUUCUGAGGGGGGAUGAUUCAGUGGGAGAGUUUUACUCUGUAGCACUGACGAAAAAUCUUCAGCAAGCUGACACUGGAACAAAGAUGAUUCAUCAGGGAAAGAAUACGAGGAGCAGGAUCGUCUCCAAAGGCAUAUCUGCCGGAAAGUCGAGGAAUUGUUACCGAGGGCUUGUUAAGGUUCAACCUGAUGCUGAUAAUGCGCGGAACUUCUCACAAUGUGAUUCUAUGCUUAUUGGUGACACUGCCGGUGCAAAUACAUACCCAUACAUUGAGGUAAAGAAUCCUUCGGCGAGAGUCGAGCAUGAAGCAAGCACUUCUAAGAUCGGCGAAGAUCAGCUCUUCUACUUCCAGCAGAGGGGGAUCGAUCAUGAAAGGGCUGUUGCUGCUAUGAUUAGUGGAUUCUGCAGGGAUGUGUUCGAUAAGCUCCCGCUGGAGUUCGCCUCCGAAGUCGAUGCGCUGAUGAACUUGACACUUGAGGGUUCUGUUGGGUGAAUACCCUUCCUGCUCGUCCUACGGAAACAGAACUCACACAUGCUGUUCAUAACUUUAGAAAGCCAUCUUCCUCUGCGUCUGAUUAUCAUGUGCAGAUCGUAUGCCCUCUAUGUUUUAUCAGUAUCGAUGAGGGGGGAUGCUUCCUAAAGGGUAGUAUGUUUACAGGUGAAUCAUAAUGUCGAUUAGGAAGAGUUUAUCGGUUGUCAGUAAUAAAAGUUGCUAUAUAUAUACUUAUUUUAUUAUCUAUCUUUUGUGCUACCAAGUAAACAAAGGAGUUAGCUUCUUGUUUUCAAGGAGCUCCAUGUUCAUGAAAUAUUGUAGCUUCGUGUGACAUCUUGUGGGUGUAGAUUUAUGUGAUUCAUGAACGAGAACAACGGAAUAAAGAUGUAAAUGCAUAAA